GCCGGCAUGGCGGAGUUCCGGGUGCUGGGGCUGGCGCCGUGGCUGGCGGAGCAGGCGAGGCAGGUGGGGCUGCUGCGGCCCACGCCCGUGCAGGCCGCCUGCAUCCCGCCCGUGCUGCAGGGCCGGGACUGCCUGGGCUGUGCCAAGACGGGCAGCGGGAAGACGGCGGCCUUCGUGCUGCCCGUGCUGCAGGUGCUCUCCGAGGAUCCCUACGGCAUCUUCUGCCUCGUGCUGACCCCCACCAGGGAGCUGGCGUACCAGAUCGCCGAGCAGUUCCGAGUGCUGGGAAAACCCCUGGGCCUGAAGGAUUGUGUGGUGGUGGGCGGCCUGGACAUGGUGGCCCAGGCCCUGGAGCUGGCCCGCAAGCCCCACGUGGUGAUCGCCACCCCCGGCCGCCUCGCCGACCACCUGCGCAGCUCCAGCACCUUCAGCCUCAGGAAAAUCAAAUUCCUGGUGCUGGACGAGGCUGACCGCCUGCUGGAGCAGGGCUGCGCGGAUUUCAGCGCGGACCUGGAGCUGAUCCUGGAGGCGCUGCCCGCGCGCCGCCAGACGCUGCUCUUCAGUGCCACCCUCACGGCCACGCUGAGCCAGCUGCGGGCCCUGGCUGCCAACAGCCCCUUCUUCUGGGAGGCUGAGGCCCAGGUGAGGACGGUGGAGGAGCUGGAGCAGCGGUACCUGCUGGUGCCCGAGGCGCUCAAGGACGCCUACCUGGUGCACCUGGUGCAGAGCUUCCAGGACCUGCACCAGGACUGGGCCAUCAUCAUCUUCACCAAAACCUGCAAGGACUGCCAGGUGCUGAACAUGAUGCUGAGGAAAUUCAACUUCCCUUCCGUGGCUCUGCAUUCCAUGAUGAAACAGAAGCAGAGAUUUGCGGCUUUGGCCAAGUUCAAGUCCAGCAUCUUCAAGAUCCUCAUCGCCACCGACGUGGCUGCCAGAGGUUUGGACAUCCCUGCAGUGCAGCUCGUCAUCAACCACAACACGCCGGGGCUGCCCAAGAUCUACAUCCACCGCGUGGGGAGGACGGCGCGCGCCGGGCGGAGGGGCACGGCCAUCACGCUGGUGACGCAGUACGACAUCCACCUGGUGCACGCCAUCGAGGAGGAGAUCAAGCUGAAGCUGCAGGAGUUCUCCGUGGAGGAGCAGCUGGUGCUGGACAUCCUGACCCAAGUGAACGUCACCAGGAGGGAGUGUGAGAUCGAGCUGGAGGGGAUGGAUUUUGAUGAGAAGAAGGAAAUCAAUAAAAGGAAACAGAUGAUUCUGGAAGGGAAGGACCCCGAGCUGGAGGCCAGGAGGAGAGCAGAGCUGGCCAAGAUCAGGAGGAAGAACAGGGAAUGUCGGGAGAAGGUGCAGCAGAGCCUGGAGAGGAGGAAGCAGCUGCGGCUGAAGAGGAAACUGCAGAAGAGGAUGGAGAGGAGGAGGAGGAAGGAGGAGAAGGAGGAGGAGAAGGAGGAGCAGUGACAUCCUGGGGCUGGCCUGGAAUUGCUGCUGCUUUGGGGAAGUUGGGAUUGAGCGCUUCAAUGUGGACGUUCCUGACCUGAAACCAGCGCUGGGGAGAAGGGAAGAAUCCCCAAAUCCUGGGGUGGUUUGGGUUGGAAGGACCUCAGACCUCAUCCAGCUCCACCCAGGCUGCUCCAGCCCGGCCCUGGGCACUUCCAGGGAUCCUGGGGCUUCUCUGGGAAUUCCAGCCCGUUCCAUCUCUGCCCUCACAGCCAGGAAUUCCUUCCCCAAAUCCCACCCAGGUUCCCCUUUUCCAGUUUAAUCCAUUCCCUGUGUCCUGGAAUUCCAUCCCUCAGCCCAAAUCCUCUGCAGCUCUCCUGGAGCUCCUUUAGGCUCUGGAAUCGGAUCCAAGGUUUCCCUGGAAUUUCCCUUCUCCCACCUUUCCUGGCACAUUCCAGGGAUCCAGGACAGCCACAUUUUCUGGGAAUUCCAUCCCAGCCCCUCCCCACCCUCCCAGGGAAGUUUUCCCCCCCUGCACAGUUCCUGGCAGGCUGGAUCACUCCUGGAGAAUCAGAAUUCCUUGCCGGAGCAGAGGCCAGGCCUGGAUUCCUGCUGGAAUAAUUCCUGUCCCUUCCAGGGGCUGCGGCUGCCGCUCAAACUUGUUUGGAUCAACAGAUCCUCCCCUGAGCCAGAGUCUAAAAAUAAAUCCUGGGACAAAGCUGAGCUCAGCCUCUGUCUGUGCCAGAGCCCAGAGUUUUCCCAGAGGGGAGAAUUCCUGGAAUGCAGGGGGAGGUUGUGGCUGAUCCUGGGCCUCUGGGAAUAAUCCUGCUUCAGGAAUAAUCCUGCUCUGGGAAUAACCUUUGUACUUUCCAAGCGUUUUUCUGCCUCAGGCUGCAGCCCUGGGAGUUCUCCUUGCUCCUGGUUUGCAGACAGGGCCCCGCUCUCGGGGGUUUCCAAGGGAAUUCCUGCUCAGAAGAGCCCAGGAUUCCCUCCUUCCAUCCAGAGGGGUUUGGGGCUUCCCCCUGUGUGUGUUUGCGAGGGGCUGAGCGAUCCUAAAAUCCAGUUCUGUUUCCCUCUGGAGGCAAAAAUUCCCAGCUUUUGGCCAGCUCUGUCCCAGCUUUGAUCCUCAGUGCCUUUUCUGUGACUGAAACUCUGUUAUUUCUGUGCUUCACAAAAACAACGUCUGGGGCCCGUGCCCAGAUAAAUAUUUAUUGCCACAAA